AUGUCAAGGAUUCUGGAUCCGACGUCAGGGAUUCUGGAUCCGACGUCAAGGAUUCUGGUUCCGACGUCAAGGAUUCUGAAGACAGAUCCUUUCAGCUGGGAAUCUAGGACUUUCAGAGAUGCCGAUUCUCCUGGAUUUCAGCUUUUAGACCGCAUUUUCUCCAAUUUUGAAAUCCCAAAGAUUUCCAGAAUGAGCAUAUUCUACCUUCUGCCUUCUAUUCCUCAACGCUUUGAAUGUCAAAUGCACGGCGGCACCCAACAAAAGCGGUCCCGGUGUAAACGCGGCGACAAUCACCGGUAUCAACGCCCCAAUAUCUGCAUCCGGCUGAUCGAACGACGCCUUCAGAAGCAAAAUCGCAAUUCCCGUAUUCUGAAUUCCCGUCUCCACAGCGAUCGCCGUCACGUCUUCUGGCUUCCGUUUUGUGAGGAGUGCCGUGAAACAACCGAACAUGAAUCCACACCACGGAAGUGCCAGACCACCGAUCAAAGCGGGUCCGGUGAGCAUUCGGAACAUGUAGAGAUUCGUGAUCGAGCCGAAUGCGACGACGAAAAUCAUGACGAAGAUGACGAAUGGACGCAUCAGAAGACGUGCUCUCGCUGCCCACUCGGGUUUCCACUUUUUGAUGGCAAUUCCGAUGAGAAGAACGGGUGUCCCAAGAAGUACAACCACGCUGGCAUCAUAACCAACGAGCAAAUCGUUGAGAUGAAUGUCAUUGUCACUGACAAAUUGAGAUUUCCAUCGAGGAGAAGUGUCCAGAAGUUGGAAGCUCCGCCUCCUGGAGAGCAUCCAGUGACGAAGAGUCCGAGAGCCAUUGAGUAUAAUCCACGUGGCAUGAAGAUGGCAUAA